CCCUUCCCUUCCCCAUUCACCAUUACCCUUCUCCCCCUUUCCUCUCAUAUUCCUCUUUCCCAAUACCCUUUCACCCUUGCUAAUAAAACCACCUUAUUAACAUACCUAACCAUGUCGUGGCAAACCUACGUUGAUGAGCACUUGAUGUGUGACAUCGAUGGCACUGGUCAUCACCUUUCUGCCGCUGCUAUCGUUGGUCACGAUGGCAGUAUCUGGGCUCAGAGCUCUAACUUCCCCAAGUGUCAGCCCAAGGAGAUCACUGACAUCAUGAAAGAUUUCGACGAACCAGGCCACCUUGCCCCCACAGGCUUGCACCUUGGUGGCGCAAAGUUUAUGGUCAUUCAGGGUGAGCCUGGUGCUGUCAUUCGUGGAAAAAAGGGAUCUGGAGGGGUGACUAUUAAGAAAACAGCACAAGCACUUGUGUUUGGGAUAUAUGAAGAACCAGUGACUCCGGGGCAAUGCAACAUGGUUGUGGAGAGGUUGGGCGAUUAUCUUGCAGAACAGGGCCUGUAGUCGACCACCUAGCUUUUCAUAUUCAAUGCCUUAAUUCCCCCAUAUGUUUUUGUUUCUUCUUUUUUAAGUCUUGGAUUCCGAGUAAUUUUGCGUUUUCUUCCAUUGACGGUUUGAUAAGAUGGUUUGACUGGCAUUUGGACUUGGGUUGAUCUGAGUUGUUUUCUUUUCACCAUAUCCGUUUGUUUUGUUUUCUUAAUUUUUCGUUCUUGGGUUCUGUUUGUAUUUAUAAUCCCCCAUCAGCCAUCAGUGAUUGCGGGGUUUUUGUUUUUGGUUUUAUUUUUUUCCUUUUGGGUGGCACUAUUUGAUGCCACUAUAUAUAUAUAAAGAACGUUUGAACUUUUUUGAAUA